AUGGGUGAUAAGUCAACUGCCAAAGAGACAAUGAAAAAUGCUGGUGUCCCAACUGUACUAGGAAGUGAUGGAUUAUUACAGAGGAUACCUUAUAAGAUAAUUUCAGAAAUUUUCUUCAAUGAAUUACCAAAAAUCCAGAAGUUCUGGGGUUCAGGAGUUUUGUUUGGUGGUGCAAUAAUCUCCGAUAUCAAACCGCCGGCCCGGACGUCGCGCCGGCUGACCUCUGAGUUGCUAUGGGGAAUCGCUGAUCGGAGCAGCGCAGGUGGGAAGAAGAAGAAGAAUUUUGCAGGAAGCUACUAUUCCGGAGGCCUGCGAUCUGCGACUUUUGAAACUCAAACAAAAUCGUCUAGGCGCACCGUUAAGGUGAAUCCACGGAAGGUGGUUCCUAAGACGGUUCAACCUGAUGCGAGUAGCAUGGACAAUAGCUAUUAUGAUCCUAUGAGUGUUUUGGAACAAAAACCGCCCGUGAAUUCCUUGGACUGUACUGAUUAUGGGUGGGGAGAGGCUAGCGGAUGGACUAACGAGAGAAUUAGAGAAAGUUUAGAAGUUAACGAGAAAAGUAGAAAAAGUUUAGAUGUUAAGGAUAAAAAGAAAAUUGGUAGAGUUUAG